AUGCUCUUAGCAGCCUGUUUGCCGCUGGCGUUGCUGGCGUCUAUACAGUCUACAAUUGCCUUGCCUUCUCAAGAACCAUGGAAAUUCAUUGCGCCGUUUUCCAUGACUCUGGUUGAUGCCUUGGGUGCAGAUCCCGACUAUAGUUCUUUGUUACGAUUGCUUCAGCGUGCUCGCCUCAUCCCUACAUUGAACAGGCUCAACGGAACUACAUUAUUUGCCCCAACAAACGAUGCUAUCAAGAGGCAUUCGUUAACCAACCCUUUGUGGUCUGAUGUACUUCAAAACGGCGAGCAUUUCGUCCCCGACAACAUCCAGGAACAGCUAAGGCAGCAACUUCUUUAUCACUUGCUUAAUGAAACGCUUGCGGCGCUUCCAACAGACGAAAAGGUUACUCAGUACAAGACGUUACUUUACCCCAGAAAGCCCGUGGAUCCACCUUCCCGAGAACCUCCCCCACAUCCACCAUGGUUGCCCAUCCCUGGAGGCACACUUGGUGGUGAGCCGCAGAGACUCCGCCUAGCCUCGCAUCAAGAUAGUGCAAAUAUUGGUGUUGAUGCCUUUGGAAAGAAUGGAGCAAAGAUUGUGAAAGGAGUCCAAGACGCAGGCAAUGGUAUCCUGUUGGGGAUUGCAGAAGUAUUAGAACCACCACCGGACUUAGCCACUGUUAUCUCACAACAUCCAUCUAUAUCUUAUUUUCAGAAGAUUGCCACCUCCGAAAUUUUACGGCGGCUCAACGCGACGUCUGAAAUGACCCUAUUUCUUCCGCUAGACAACGCAUGGGAUGCAUUUCACCCAGUUGAACGGAUGUAUCUGGAAAGCGAAUUCGCUUCAGAGGACUUGAAUCGUAUAUUGGAUAUGCAUGCCGUCGUGAAUGAUCAUGUCAUUUGGUCCGACUCCUUUGAGUCCUCUCGAACCUUGACAACUAUCAAGGGUACAACAUUAGACAUCGUGAACACUCCAGAAGGGGUCAAAAUUCAAGAUGCCAUGUUGAUAGAGCCAGACAUUUACGCGUCGAAUGGGGUUUUGCACCUCGUGUCAGCUCUUCUAUUCCCUCCAGAAAUCCUUAAGCUGACCCCCGAGAAAUAUCUACUGGCUCUUAAUUGCAAGAAAUUUGUGUCCCUUCUCCAUUCGGUUGAUCUUGUUGGCUUGAUCAACGACACGGAUUCAAAAUAUACCAUCCUGGCUCCAAGUGAUGAUAUCAUAUCGAUCUUCGACGACCCUGAAUUCCCAGAACCAGGUUCAGAGGAGUUGAAGCGACUACUACAGUAUCACUUUAUCCCAGGAAAGUGGACAACCAAUAAGUUGAAGAACGGAAGCCUUCUGGAAACAGCGCUUGAGGAACCGGGCCUGAAUGGUGGCCGCCAAGUCAUGUCCAUUGAAGUUCAUUCCGACGACAAGAAGAAAUCCGGAGAAAAAGUUAUAAGGUUUGGUGGGGCUGGCAUUAUAGGAGAUCCUGCUAUAUUUUCGACGUCAAAGGCGGAGAUAUUGAGGAAAGCCCCUACUACAUCCCUCCUAAUCCCUCGCAAUGAGGCAUUCACUCGUCUCGGCCUGUUGGUUAGCGCACAUCUUUUGGCCCCUUCUUCAAAAGAAGACCUUGAAAGUGUUAUUAUGCAUCACGCCUUGAACUCCGUGCAAUAUUCACGGCAACUUGUCAACGGAUCCCAACACAGUUUUGCCACCCUAGAGGGAUCGGAUGUCAAAAUUGACCGAGAGUCAGACGGUACACCUGUUAUUAGUUCCAGCGGAGGAUGGACAGGUCUUCGGGCUCAAAUUUACCCCCAGGAUUUGCUCACGCAAACUGGUGUUGUGCAUGAAUUAUCGGAUAUUAUGAUUCCUCGGUCGGUCAAGUUAACUAUAGGAAAGCUCGUGAAGGCCGCAAAGGGAAGCACAAUGGCCACUUUAGUUAACAAAGCCGGAUUUGAGUGGAUCUUGAACGGUACUGCACCUCCAGAAGGCUCUCCUUGGUCGGACGACCAGUACAUCGACGUUGGUUGGACAUUGUUAUGUCCUACUGAUGAUGCUUUUAAACAGUACAACCUCACUCAGUUAUAUUCGGACAUUGAGGGCCUGAAAAAAAUUGUCACCCAGCAUCUUAUCCCAACGCCGUCGAUAAAGAAUGAUUUACUUGAUUCUGAUUCACGUUUAUUUAUCAAUCACAACCAACCCCUCGAUUUUGAUGACGCAACGUACUCUACGCUUCACUCAGCUGCAUCCGCAUAUGGAGAUAUCGUUUUCCAGAAGAGAACUGACACCAAUGAUUAUGUUGUCGGGAUCAAGGGUGCUCGUGGCACUGAUGGCAAGGCCGACUCUGCGCAUGUUCAGGCUUGGGGACGAUCUACGACUGGCACCGGUACUGGUGGUGUCAUACAAAUUGACCGGUUGUUGAUUCCUUACCAGCCGUCAUGGUGGUACGAAUACUGGGCUCCUUCGGUUGUAGGCGGCUUAGGUGUAGUGGCUAUAUGUACGUUCUUCUACGGAGUGAGGCUGGUGUGGAGGCGAGAUACAACGGAAGCGACCUAUGAACCAGUGGGAGGGUUUGGGCGCGAUGAUGAUUCAUAG